CAGAACCUCACCAGCAAGAACAAUCCCCACAACCCUCUGUGAAGCCUCUUGCGACAUCGACAACGCCCAAUUGAGGGAAACCCAGAUCUUCGAACUCGAUACAUUAUCUUCCUGAACCGCACGACUUCGCUUGGAGAUCAAACGAUCAAUCGGGUACUUCACGCGACGAGCGUUCGAAGAACGCGUCGGAACGCCCGGUCGCAACUUCAACGUCCCAACUCUGCACCCAGAACGCGAUGUCAUCUCCACCUACCACGACCGAUAAGAGGAAGAAAUCUGGUGAUCAAGAGGAGGAAGUGCAGAAUGUGGUGAAGAAGGCGAGAAAGACACCGAACCUCGUGGGUCCGCAGACAAUCGUCACCGUCAAUGUCAGGAAGCACGCAGGAGCUAAGAUCCAUCCCUUUCGAAUACACAAAAACUACCUAUGUCAUUACUCCCCAUACUUUGAAGCCGCGUUCAACGGAAGGUUCAUUGAAGGAGAAACUCAGGUCUUGGAACUUGAAGACACUGAGCCUAGGAUUUUCGGCAUAUUUGUCAAUUGGCUCGCCAUAUUCCAUCACAUAUGGGACAAUACGACAGAAGAAAGCCUUCUGAGAGCCUACCUGGUAGAAGUCAUGGUCAGAAAGCCAAAACGUAGCAACAUCGCAACACCGGAACACUAUCCCCAUGGGAUGUUGGUUGCUAUCGUCAACGGGCUACGAAAGCGAGAACGGAACCAUAAAGUUCGCGAUGGUAGCAGUCAAGGCUCGGGGGAAGUUCCGUUUGAAGAGCUGAAGCGCUUUUUCGUUCGCUAG